AUGGGAGGUCCACAGCAGAUUCGUGAAGCUUUUGAUAUUGCUAAGGACUUUCUGACCCCAGUCCUUGAUCGAGAGGAAAUACAGAAGACCCAAGGUAAAUCUUUACUGCAGAUCCUCAGUCAGUCUUCAGGGGAUGAUGAUGGUGCUGGUGAUGAAGCCGCCAGACCAACUGUAAUCAAUGAGGCUUUGGAUAUCUUGACCGGUAUCCACAAAUCCUUUGUUUCGCCUGAUAACCCUUAUGACUCCCUUCAAUUAAGCGGGGAGUUUGAGGACUCGCCAUCAGAAGAUGCCAAGCGCCGUCGAAUGCUACAUGCAUUGUUGGACCUGAUUUCCCUCGAAGGAAUAUAUCCUUCGUUGUCAUCUGGCGUUGGGAUUCCCCUGCAGCAGCGGGUCAUCUCGGUAUUACCAGCCGGUGUCAUUGCAAAGCAGGCUCAAGCAGCUGCUAGCAGUGUACCGCACGACGAGCCUCUUUUGCGCCGCAUAAUCGAUGUUUUGGUUGACGUUCUCUUCGACCCGAGACCAAGCCUCCAGCCGAUCAUUCGUGGUCGUAUCUUGAGUGACAUAAUCAGUGGCACAUCUGAUCUAGCUUGUAAUCCAAAUAUCGCGACAUCGUCUGACCGGAACACGUAUCAGCAAACGUUAGCCAAGAUAAUUGAUGAUACCCCAACAACUGUCCUGCUGCCCACAUUAUCCGCAUUCCUCCAGUCGAAUACUGCGCAAUGGUUCAAAUCAACAAUCUCCAGCCAGAUCUCGCAAGUUCCGCUACGACCCGGAGGAGUAGUGCAAACCAUCAUGUUCAUUGCAUCGCAAUUUUCGCCAUCGCUAGGCCAGGAAGCACAGGACCAAUCAAAUGGCCCUCGUUUGACUGUACAGGCUAUCAUGCAAAUCUCACGACUCCUUUCCUCUGUUCCAUCGGAUGUUGACCCAACUGUCUAUUUUGAGACAAUUGCCCCCCAACUGUUAGCAUUGAUAGACGGCGAUGAUCCAGAUCUGAGGAAAACUGCAUCAUAUGUUGUCGGAAAUGGGAUUUUGGGGAAACGUGCUUAUGGCGCUCCUGGCACUGUUGGCCACUCCAUCUUUGUGGAGCCGAUAUUCAAUGCACUUACUGCGAACCUCGAUGCUAAAUCAAGGCGAUGGAUUAGUCGUUUCACCGAUAUCGAAGGCUCUAUACCAGACCCGGCGGAGCCAAAUCCCGCAUCCAAUGUCUUGGUGGAUGGCGCCAUGGUGGAUCUGGCUUUGAACAGACUGAGGUGUCUGACACUGCAGCAUCCAAAUCCUGGUCUCGUAAAACGAAUCGUGUAUCCGAUUCUUCUUCCAUUAUGGGGCUUUAUCUGUUUUUCCCAGGAGGCAGGGUUGACUUCAUUCCAUGAAAAGGUAUUACCCCUGCUCCAAACAUACUUUGGCAUCUCUGUUGGAGUCCAACCCCUCAAAAAGCUGGUUGACAACCUUCUUUGGGAUGGGGGCGCGACAUGGACAUACAAUAAAUAUUCCGACGCUGGAAUCGCGUUGCAGAAGCGAAGUGAGAAGACAAACGAGCAUUCAAAUCUGGUGCGGUUGAUCGACUCCCUCCAAGCACGAGCAGAACUAUUUGUCAGUCUUAUUGGCUCGGACCCUAGCAGCGAGGAACGGACCGGUGAUAUCUUCCUGUAUGUCAGUCAAAACUGGCUAGUGCAGCCGCAGAGCCCUGCACCCCCUCGCAAUACAUUGAAUGGAGGUCCCAUUGGUGAAAGUGACAACAUCAUUCAAAAGCUUGUCAGUGCCAAGGUUGCAGAGAAGCUGCUCGAGAACUUCAAAGAAGCACUUACUCGACGCCCGCUCCGAGUUUUAGAGCUCAUCAAACAAGUCAUUGACGGGGAGCUACAUAGACUUAGCGCGCAAAGAACAGCAAUGCAAGGCAAAUUAAAUAGCAAGGUGUCCCUGUCAUCUUUAGCUAACAUCGUGGAAACCGGGGACAAAGACGCGGAGCAAUUAGACAACGACUCCUCUGAAUCCGUUUCUACAGCCUUCAGUUUGAUGUCUACACUUCUUGCAUCCGCUGAGUUCUCUCCCACUGCUGAAAUUCAGCCCCUUCUUGAAUCGCUUAAAAAAGACCUCGAUCAACUCAUUCCCUUUCUCCCUUCCGCCCUUUCCAAGCCAGCAACGACCUCGUCUAUGUUGCUGGAGAUUCACCUUGCCGGGGCUGAUGAAACCGCAAUCAAGGCAGUACCAGCUCAUAUUCAGGACCUUGACACACAUCGUCAAGCACUUGCGAAUCUCAACUCAGAUCUACCACCCGUCCAGGCCGAGGGCCUGUCACUGAUCUCAAAACUGAUCACGAAUUCAUCACCCGUUCUUGAUGUUGGAUCAACCCUCACCCUCCUCCUCUCAGUCAUCACCGACACAACCAAGGCCGCUGGCAACGACGAAUACGCAUAUCUCGGUGCAAUCAAGAUAGUUGGUACAUUAGCAUCACGUCAUCCACGUACCGUGAUUAAAACUUUGAUUGAAGAGUACGCGGAUAGACGGGAACAACGGGCAUUGGACGAAAGACUUAGGAUUGGUGAGUCUCUGCUUCGCACAGUCCAGGACUUAGGAGACACACUAGCCGGCGAGACGGCCAAAAUUCUUGGUGAGGGUAUCAUUGCCGUCGCAGGACGGCGUGGCAACAAGCAACACGCACAGCAAGCCCGCAAGAAGCAACUUGCCAAGGAAAGACGGGAACAGGAACGCGCGCAGCGCAAGGAAAAAGAACCGGCCAUGCCCGAAGGCUGGUCCAUUUCAUCUGGAGUAGCCAAAGCUGCUUCCGAACUUGACCUCACAGAACUCCAUUCGGACGACGAAUCCCCAGAGCAAUCAGCGUAUGCCACAAACGUCGUCGCUGCAUGGGCUGCCGGCGCAUCCGCAGAUGAUGCUCCUGAUGACCUUCGCAUCCGCGCAUCGGCCAUUUCCAUUCUUGGAUCAGCCAUCAACGUCAACAUCUUGGGUCUUGGACCUGCCAUUCUUUCAUCCGCUGUCGAACUCGCGCUCGCUACCCUAACCCUCGAGAGGGAGCCAGAGAGUGCCAUCCUCCGGCGGGCGAGUAUUGUUUUGAUUUUCGACAUUCUCAAAGCUCUCGAGGCAGCGCGGGAGACACGCGGGAACCGGGACAUUGGGUUCGGAUUUUCGCUUUUGGAUGAUUCGGCUUCAAGCUUUGGGACUCCAUAUGGUUCUAGCACGCAGGGACAGUCGACCAUUGGUAAUAUCCCUACUAUGCUACGCACGCUCCGCUUCGUCGAGGGUUCCGAAGAGGACGGGCUCGCUCGUGGAAAUCUGCGCGCUUUGAUUGAAAGUUUGGAGGCUUGGUCGGAGAAGUCUUUGAUGUGGGGCAUUGGUGCUCAGGAUGAUCAAGAUGCCUUCAAUCCACAAUUUGGACUGGGUGACAGGAUCGCCGGUUUGCAGGUUGAUCCCAUGGCAGCAGAAAUCAGUGGACGCCCGCGUAUCGAGGAGAUUGAAUGA